AUGAUUACGGUAACAUGUGGUUGUGGACGACUCCGUCAGGAGCGUCGCUGCAAUGCAGCGAAGGCUGUGGCAUCAAAGGGACAAGUGCAGCAGCCACAAAGACUGCCUGCUGUGACCCCAUUGACGUGUGAUGAUGAAUGCGCGCGGCUUGAGCGGAACCGUUCGUUGGCAUCUGCUUUGGGAGUUGACAUUAACCCGUCAACAACCGUUGCUCAGAAUUUGACGGCCACGAAUCUUCCCUACUCGUCUGAAACCCUGGACAUGUAUAUCCAGCUAUCAUCCUCCGCUCCCCUGUCUACCCUCCAAUCUUACGAAUCCACCCUUCACUCAUUAGCGGCCAAUCCAACACAACGUUCUGUACGGUUUCAGCCGGCAAAGUCAUCCCUGCGGGCGUUUGUUCAUUCCCUCGCAACUGACUGGGGCUUCGCGAGCGAGAGCUUUGACCCUGAACCUCACCGACACGUGUUCGUUUUGAAACCUACAGUGUGGAACCCUCCUCUUCUUGGGAUGGGCAAUGGAACAGCGAUCGGAAUCGGCGGUAUGAGUGUGAGCGAAUGUGUUAAAUUGCGCGAACGCCAGCGCCAGAAAGAUCGUGAAGCCCAACGUCUUGCUGCAGCGGAAGCAAAGGCCCAACGGGAAGCCGUUAAGGCUCAGGCAAACGCCGCCAACGAGGGUGGAUGGGCUCAGGUCGCCGCCUCACGACGAAGCAACGCCAGUACCCGGAGUACGACCCCGAAUCCAGGCACGGUUUCCCGGUCUGGCUCGAUGUUUGCAGCUCUCGCUGGCGAUGAUGGGAGCACAUGGGGCGCUCCUAAGAAGGAAAAACUCGUUCUUCGGUCAGGAGUAGGCGCCGGAAAACAGCUGCGAGCCCGACAACCCGCAACUGAGGUCGUUGAUAGUUGGGAAGAAGAGGAAGAAAAACAAGAGCAGGAAGAGCGUGCUCGGGAGCAGGGGCAGGAAGAGGACGAUAGACAAGGAGAUGUUCAGAAUGAAAUCUCCGAAAUCGAAACAACAGAAACUGGAGAAGCUAUUGCUACUUCUUCGGUGGCGUGA